AUGGAAGUUUAUAUAGUAUUUUUUUUAUAUAUGUACCUGGGCAUGAUAUCAUGUGUAAGAAGAAGCCAACCCUCAAACAAUCUCAUUAUAAACUCCCUCAAUAGAAUAUUUAAAAUAAGUGGAGAUAUAAAGAAGAUAGGAGAUAUAAAACGCUGUUUAAAAGAGGAACAUGGAUAUCAUGACCACGAAAUUUUAUCAAACGAUAGGAUUCUGAAUGAAGAUGAAUUAUAUUCAGAGGAAAAACACAAAAAAUUAUACACAGUUUCAAAAAUUAGAGGAGGAUUGAACAUUUCAGUCCAAACAAUGCAAGGAAAGAGAAUACAAUUACAAGUAUCGCAAAAUGAAACAGUACUCGAUUUAAAAAACAAAUUGGAAAAAGAACAAACGAUUCCAGUGGACCAACAGAGACUCAUAUUUGAUGGAAAACUUCUAGAGAACGGAAAAACAAUUGCAGACUACGGAAUCAAAGAUAAUGCAGUGUUACAACUAGUUUUAAGGCUUAGAGGUGGAUAG